AUGUUUGGAGAAACAGUCAAUAAUAUUAUUGGACGAACAGUCAAUCCUUACAAUCGAUUGCUUGCAUGUGGCGGAUCCAGUGGUGGUGAAGGUGCACUACUUGCACUUCAUGGUAGUUCAGUGGGUGUUGGUACAGAUCUUGCAGGAUCAAUUCGUAUACCAGCAUCAUCCAGCAAUUUAUGGAAUGCAUGGAUUUUGCCUGUAGCUUCAUGUUCUGCUGUUAAACAUGAUGAUUUCAAAUAUUUUGGCUAUACUGGAGUGAUUAAUCUACUUGAUUGGCCAGCAACGACUAUAUCUGUGACAUUUGCUGACAAAGACAAAGAUAUCAAGAACAUGCAAUACAAAAGUAUGAGUGAUCUUGAUAAGGAGACAUAUAAAGCUUAUGAUUCUGAUAUUUAUGAUGGGGAACCUGUAGGAAUUCAAUUAGUAGGCAAACGAUUUCAAGAAGAAUAUUUACUUGGCUUAGCUGAACAGAUCGGCGAAGCUUUAGUGGCCUAA